AUGAAAUUGCCUAUUUUUUUAAAACCAAUAGGUGCGCACAGUUGGGCCAAAGAAACUCUGAGGCUUCACGCGAAGGACGUUAGAAACCCUGCCUACUCGUCCAAACAGAUAGAAUUUGCUCAGACUGGUGAUCAUUUGUGGAAUUCUGCCCAGCUACAGAUGGUUAGAGAAGGCAAGAUGCAUGGAUUCCUGCGAAUGUAUUGGGCAAAGAAAAUACUGGAAUGGACAGCUGAGGGCCCAGAAGAAGCAUUAGCCCUAGCUAUUCGCCUCAACGAUAAAUAUAGUCUAGAUGGAAGGGACCCCAACGGCUACACAGGUAUGCGGGUGAUUAAAUAG